AUGUACUUGGUCAUAUUAAUGUCGAAUUCGACGAAUGCCAUCAGUUACACUAACUUUAUUAUUUUGCUUCCCAGUUUUGGAGAAGCCAGGGGCUUUAACAAAUCAUUAUCUGCGUAUCUGCUUUCAAUUGUCUCUGCCACUGAUCUAAUUGGACGUAUUGGAGGAUCAGCACUUUCGGACAUGGGAUACAUACCUAAGACCUGGUACUUCGUUGGCGGCUUGUCAAUAUCAGGUCUUUCCCUUGCGCUUCUACCCUUUGCAUGGUCUUACAGUUCGGUAUGCUUCUGGUGCGCAGUUUUUGGCCUCGCUUCUGGAAUCUACGUGGGAAUUACUGCCGUUAUCAUGGCAGACAUGCUAGGAACAGAACGAUUAACGUCAUCCUAUGGCAUAAGUCUGUUCGUUAAUGGCUUGCUUCAGUUGGUUGGGCCUCCACUGGUUCGAGGCGGUCAAUGAUUAUAAUCCUCUCUUCCACGCUCUUGGCUUCACGCCUUUGGCCGGAGCCAGUCUUUGGAGCUUUAUGCCUUGGAUUAAUCGACGCAAAGCCAAAACGGAGGAGAAAUUAGAAGCACAAAGCCACUAAUCGGCGAAAAACUAUCGUAUCACACGACGUACAAUAACAAUUAGAUUUUAGGCUAUAAAAUGCGUACAAACACAGUUAGAUAAGUGUGCAUACGGUAAACGGCCAAAACUAUGGCAGCGCAAUACAAUUUUAGAAACUGUCCAAAGCCACUAAUCGGCGAAAAACUAUCGUAUCACACGACGUACAAUAACAAUUACAUUUUAGGCUAUAAAAUGCGUACAAACACAGUUAGAUAAGUGUGCAUACGGUAAACGGCCAAAACUAUGGCAGCGCAAUACAAUUUUAGAAACUGUUAAUUUGUUUCUUUCAUCUGCUUUUUUUGUUACUGUUUAAUCGUAACUAUUACAUUGUAUAGUACUACAAUUAAUGUUUACCAGUACUAGAAUAGCCUAAGUCGCAUACAUUAAAAUGAAUGAGAGUUAAUUAAAAGUAA